UGAGAUUGGGUAAACAGCUCCGGCCCGGCAGCGGCGCUCCGAUUGGCUGCCGGCCUCCGCGGCCCGGGGAGGCAGGGCCGCGCCGCCCGCCCGCCCGCGGGCGGUGGCCGGGUAGGGCUGGCGGCGAGGCGGAGGCGAGGGCCCGCCCAGCGGCAGGACAGGAAGGCCUCAGCAGAUGCUAACAAAUAAGGAGGAAAAAAGAAAGGAAAUUCCAGGAAUGCAAGAGAAGGUGAACUUGGUGAAUCUCUGACAGCCACACUGAGAGUAUGCAGGUUCCUCGCUAUCAGGUGCUGAGAAGAUGGCCUCCCCAGGUGCCCCGGGGACCCGCAUGACAUCCACAGUCAGUAUCAACAUUUCUACCCCUUCCUUCUACAACCCACAGAAGAAGUUUGCACCUGUGGUUGCCCCUAAACCAAAAGUGAAUCCCUUCAAGGCUGGGGGUGCAUCGGAGUCGUCACUGCCCCCGCCUCCUGGAGCUGGUACCCAGCGUGCUCAGAUAGGGAAGGUGGGGGAGAUUCCGUCCGCAUCCAUGCCCCUGCUGGCAGAAGAGCUGCCACUGCCACCGCCUCCCCCACCUGGAGAGGAGGCAAGUUUCUCCUCAAACUGUGCUUUUCCUCCACCCCCACCACCCUUUGAAGAGCCUUUUCCACCAGCCCCAGAAGAAGUUUUUCCUUCUCCUCCACUUCCGCCGAUGUUUGAUGAAGGGCCUGUGAGCAAGGUACCUGCCCCACAGAUAUCUCCAGGAUCCACAGGUUCUCUGGAGAAACGAUCAGCCCCAAAAGCCCAUGUGGAAAUACCAUCUGCACCCAGAGAUACUCCUCCUUCCUUUCAUUCCAAAUUUACUCCAAAGCCAAGUGGAAGCUUAUCUUUCAAGCCCCCCGGAGUGGAUUUUUCUGCCUCCCCAACCCCAUGGGCAGCCCCACAGCAACAAAAGGAGCCCCUAGGACCAGUCCCUCCCUCCCACUUUGUCCCUCCUGCUCAGCCUACGCCUAAAUUCACCCCACUUGCUGUUGCUAGCUCUCCUAAGUCUGGGUCUAAAUCAGGAGUCAACAUUCCCAUGGCUCCCUCAAACGCUACGAGAUAUCCUACCUCCCUUCAGACUCAGUUCACAGCCCCUUCACCUUCAGGUCCCUCCUCGCAGCCACAGCCUCUGAAUUUCACCUAUGCCCAGCAGAGGGAAGGACCCCGAGUACAGGAGGAGCCGCAUCCCACAGAACAACCUGCUCCUGCAAAAGACGUGCAUAGACCCACGGGCUCCCGUUCAGAUCCACCUAGGGGAAAUUCCUGUCUGACCAUGAAGGAGGUAGAAGAGCUGGAGAUGUUGACCCAGAAACUAAUGAAGGAUAUGGAGCAGCCACCCCCAGCAGAGGCUGCUACCUCUGAGUUCUGCGGCUUCUGCCAGAAGCCUCUGUCACGAACCCAGCCAGCUGUGAGGGCCCUGGAGUGCCUCUUCCACGUGGAAUGCUUCACUUGCUUCAAAUGUGAGAAGCAGCUGCAGGGGCAGCAGUUCUACAAUGUGGAUGAGAAGCCCUUCUGCGAGGACUGCUAUGCUGGGACCUUGGAGAAGUGCAGUGUCUGCAAACAGACCAUCACAGACCGGAUGCUGAAGGCCACUGGUAACUCCUACCAUCCCCAGUGCUUCACCUGCGUGAUAUGCCAUACCCUUCUUGAGGGGGCCUCUUUUAUUGUGGACCAGGCCAACCAGCCUCACUGCGUGGAUGACUACCACAGGAAGUAUGCUCCACGCUGUUCAGUCUGUAGUGAGCCGAUCAUGCCAGAGCCUGGAAAGGAUGAAACAGUGCGUGUGGUGGCAUUGGAGAAAAAUUUCCACAUGAAAUGUUAUAAGUGUGAGGACUGUGGGAAGCCUUUGUCCAUUGAAGCAGAUGAGAAUGGGUGCUUUCCACUGGAUGGGCACGUGCUGUGUAUCAAAUGUCACACUGUUCGUGCCAAAAUGGCACGCUGAGGAGCUUGGAGUGGGCUUACCUUUGAGACCCCUGCACUCAAUACUCUCCCCCUCCCCACCAUUGUCCUAUCCCUCUUCCUGAUAAGGCAGAUUGCUACCAAUGGAAACUAUGCCAGCACAGUUCUUUACUCAUGUCUUCACUCUGCACACCCACCAAGAAAGGACCUCCUGUCACCUCUUCCUGGCCACAGUGUAUUCCAGGCUGGGGGGGGCUGCGAUCCAGGUGAGUGCACCAUCUGUGUUCCCUCAAGACUCUGGAGGAGAAAGACCAGACCUCCACCACCUCCUGGUGGAAGGAGCAAGAAUGACCUGGUGGCAGGUUCUGGGAAAGGCUGAGUGUUCCACAGAGCCAAGAACCAUGAUUCGACUCACAAGGUGGAAGCCUCCAUCUCAACACCACUUCUGUCUUCGAUUUUUUUUUUUUUUUUUUUUUUUUUUCCUUGUGACACCUCCUCUUACCCUGCCCCUUCACUUCUGGGUUAGAGCAAGGAGGUGGAACAUAUUGGGAAUCUCUGUUAUUGUUGCUGUAAGAAGCUAACCUACUAUAGCUUUUCUGUGUCUAAUGGAUUUUAUUGGCUUUUUUUUUUUUUUCCAUAGCCAGAUUAAACUGGCAGUGUUUGGAAUUCUGCUCUGUUCCUGAGUUUGGAAACUUUUUUUAAACAAUCUUUUUCCCUCCCCAACAUGAAUCCUUUCCCAGUGUGGUUUCUGGACAGCCAGGCUGGGCACCAGAGUAGCAAAGCAGUCCAAAGAAUGCUUGUUUACAAAUAAAGACCGUCGUAAGGAUGGGCAGCACGUGGUGAGGUGACAGCACUGGUGUCAGUGAAAGCUGCACUGUGAUUGUGAUGUACUGUCUGGCUCUAAGUGUUGCUGCACUGAGCCCCAUUUCCUGGACUAGAAAAUCUCAAACUGAAUCAACCUUUUGAAUAACUACGCUGUUCGACCACUGUUUGCAUUCAAUAAAAUGUGGGGUUUUUUUCCAUUAA